AACCAAAGCAUUCGUCCCAUUCCGGUGGCAGUAGACGGGAAGAACAUGUCACGGAAAGAGCUCGAGGUCCAUUGCGGUGUCGAACAGUACUGUGCGGUCUAGGAGCGAAUGCAGUUUGCUUCCGAUUUCUGAGUUCAAAACGUGUGAAUACCGGUAAUUUGGCGACGAAUCCUCUUCAAGUGGUGGGACGCAAUUUUCCAGGAAUUUUCAUCGAACUCUUCCGGUUUGAUUGUUCUGUGUUGGUUACCUGCGGUCGCGUAUCCUUUUCGUGGGUGGCUUUCGUAAUAAGGACGAUUCGCUUUUGAAAAUUCGGUGGUGUGCGUGCGUGGGAAGGUGGGAAACUCGAACCAGGAGAGUGCGCGAACUUUGGAGCGAAAGCUUCGCCUGGCAUCAGCCGGUUCGUUCGCCGGGUGGAGAAGAGCAUAGCGACACACGUGCAUCAUCCGAUUGUGUAAAGGGGCACGCUCUUUACAUCCGAGUAGGCAGUGUGCUGUGAUAUCAGCAAGGGCAGCGCAGUCAGUGCUGUGGCGUGGCGGUCUUUAUUGUUGCUGUUGAUCAUCAAUUGUGCAAUCAACCACAGCGUAGUGAGAAUAGUGUGGUGAUACGAAGCGGUCGUACGAUUAUUGCAGCAGCCGCCGUCGUUGUCGCCGCAACAGUGUUCAAAAAUAGCCCAACGCUCCGGCUUCAAUUGAAUUAGAUGUGCGGUACAAAUUAGGACUGAAUUAGUCGCGUCGCGUCUGCUAAAACUGUGUGAACGGAACAAUAUUGGAGGAAAGAUGACCACCACCAACAGCGAACUGUUGGGCCUUGCCUUCAUGGCAUUCUUCAUCAUCACCCUGUCCUCCACCGCCCGGUACUAUUUCAAAUUCUUCUGCUUUAUCGUCCUGUCGUUGGUGUGCGCCGUCGGUCCAGUUCCGUUCAUGCUUCUACGGCCACGAGACUACCGGAAUGCCUUAUUGCCCGCCUAUCUGUGUACCAAGUUUGGGAAAAUGCUUGGCGCCUCGUUCGAAGUCCGUGGCCGGGAAAACGUUAAUCGACAGCACGGAGGGGUUGUCCUAAUGAAUCACCAGAGUGCACUGGACUUGGUCGUGCUGGCCUAUUUGUGGCCCAUCGUAGGACGAGCAACGGUGGUGGCGAAGCGAGAGGUCCUGUAUAUGUUCCCAUUUGGUUUGGCCUGCUGGCUGUGGGGGACGUUGUUCAUCGAUCGGAAAAAUCAGAACUCUGCCAAGUCGGCAAUUAAUAACGAAUCGAAGGCGAUUAAUGAGAAGCAGGCAAAAAUCCUAUUCUUCCCCGAAGGAACGCGUGGCAACGGCGAUGCUCUACUACCAUUCAAGAAAGGUUCCUUCCACGUGGCAAUCGAAGCCCAAGGCUACAUCCAACCGGUGGUGAUUUCCAGAUAUCACUUUCUAAAUUCCAAAGCAAAACUCUUCAAUCGAGGUCAAAACAUCAUUAAAAUCCUGCCGGAAAUCUCCUGCGCCGGGCUGACGAAGGACGAUAUGCCCACGCUGAUGGAGCGGGUCCAGAAACUGAUGCAAUCCGAGUACGACGCUCUCAGUGAUGAAUCGCUGGCGAUUAAUAAUCUCAGCAAGAGCCUAUAGAAACUCUACCCAACCCACCACCAGCCAGCGGUAAUGAUAUAAAUUUAAAAAAAACGCACAAAAAUAGCUUGCAAAACGAGGUAAAUGACUUUUGAGUCUUGUUUCGGUUUGUGAGUGGUGGGGCAUUAAUUUGAGGGUAGAACGGGUACCGUUAAACGAGGUAAUAUUGAUCAGAUUCAACAAAUACAUGUUUUUUUUGGGAUUUUUUUUUGUGAGUUUUAACUAAAAGCUUGUUCAGCACAGAACUCAGAAACAAAAUAGAAGGAAUCAUUUUAUUACUUGCAAUAUUUUACUUUCCAGCAUAUUUUAAAAUCGAAUUUUUGAGGAUCUUCAUUGUGUACUCUUUUCCUAGACCAUGAUUAACAUAGUACCCUUUUCUCAGCUUGGUGUUCUACGUACACUUUCAUAACUAUUACCUAAGAAUAUUCUAAACAAAUUGACUAUGACUUUACAAAAGCAUUUUUGCAGGUGCAAUUAUAUUUCCUUUUUUGAACUGACAAACUUGAUCAAUGUCACCCCAUUUAACGAUACUUACGGCUCCUUCACUCACCGCAGCUUUUUCCGCGCCAAAAACAGGGAACCAAAAGCGAAAGAAACACCUAUUUAACCGUAGAUUGAAGAAAUGAAGAGGCUUUCCAUCCUUUCCUCCCCCACCUACUGGUACUUGAACCUUUGCGCAUCGCAGCCACACACCCACCUCCCAUUUUCCUCUCCCAGAAGAGACUAGUUUUUAAGGAAAAUUAGCACAAAAGCAAGAAUGAUUGCUCAACGAAUUAAUCUUCCCCGCCUGUCUACACGCACAAAGGACCAAAAAACCGUUUCCUUUAUCCUUACGAAGGAAUUCUUUCAUUAGGCUAGACGCAGUAGCAAAAAAUGCGGAUCACUUUCUACUGCAGCCCACACUUUGAGGGCCGGGCUUGAUUUCAUUUUUGCUGUGAGCGAAUAAGUAGAUGUAGUUUAAAGGGUUAGAGAGUAAGAACUGCAUACAAAAUCGUGUCUUAACAUUGCAAUGAAUGGACGGGUAGUACGACAACUCCAAUAGAAUGUUAAGUAUUUUUUUCUGUAAAGAUGGGUGACAAGUUCGAAUCAGGUCCCACGAAAUGUUCCUUCGGAGAGCGUGCUAAAGCUGUAGGGCAAAACAUGAGGAAAUAAGCGGUGAUUUUCCUAUUAGAGAUGUGAAAUAGUUAUUUUUUUGUGUAUAUAUAGAGCAGCAACCAAAAUGGCGAUAAUAUUCCUUAACAAAGCUACAAACUAUUUAGAGUGAUGAGAUUUUAGCAAUAAACGAUUAUAAAGUAUACAUGUGAUACUGGUUUAAUAACAUUUCUAGAAGUGAAUAUCUGAUAUAAAGA